AUGGGGGUGGGGGUUUGGGGGAUGGGGGGGUGGAAUAGAGAGGAGGGUGUUGGGGGUGGGGAUGGUGUGGAUGGUAGAGAUGGGUAUGAGGGGUGGAUGGGAUUAUUAGGGGGUUAUGUGAUGAUUGGGUGGGGGGAUGGUAUUGAAAGGGAGAUUGUUAUUUUUGUGGGUGGUUGUUAUGGGAGUAUGGGGAGAUAUUGGGUUGUGGGGAGGGGGGAUAAUAAGAGAGGUUGGUGGGAUUGGGGGUGGUGUGGGUUUGGGUUGUUAGGGGGAGGAGGGGGUUGGGUUAGUUUUUGGGGUUGGAUGGGUGGUGGUGGGGUGUGGUUUGGUUGGGUGGUGGGAUGUAUGGUAGUGGGGGGUGGUUGGUGUGGGUGGGGUGGGGUUGGGGGGUGGGUUUGGGGGGUAUGGGGUGUAUGGUGGGUGUUGGGGGGAGGUGUGGGGUUUGGUGGUGUUUGUGUGGGUGAUGGGGGGGGGGUGUGA